UGUACAAAUAAUACAACAUCUACAUCUACUUCUACGACAACAACAUCAACAACAUCGACAAUAUCAAAUACACAAGCGACUACCAACCCUUUGUCGACUACAACUCCAACAUCAACAUCUCCUCCAAGAUCACCAAAGUCUUCAAAGCCAAGUUUCUAUCAAAGACCUCUACCUCCACAUUUGGUAGCCUUCUCCUCUGACGAUGGAAGGAAGUUAUUCAGAGAGUCCUUGCAAGAUGGUCACAUGGAAGGCUAUUUCGCCUUGUCCGAACAGUUUGUUUCACAGAGUGAGCCAGCGUUCUGUGGAUUGGCAACACUUGCAAUGGUACUCAAUGCACUAAAGAUUGACCCAAAGCGUCUUUGGAAGGGACCAUGGAGAUGGUUCGCUGAGGACAUGCUAGACUGCUGCGCACCAAUAGAGUCUGUAAAGAAGAGAGGUAUCACAUUCACAGAGUUUGCCUGUCUGUCCAAGUGCAAUGGCGCUACAGUCGCCUCACAUCGCGGUGACGAGGUCAACCUUGAGCAGUUCAGACGCGACCUGGUCGAAGCGUGCUCCAAGCCCAGCCAGCAUAUGGUGUUGUCCUACGAUCGCAAGACCCUCGGUCAAACCGGAUCGGGCCACUUCAGUCCCAUUGGAGGCUACCACCAGGCCUCGGACAAGGCGUUGAUCAUGGACGUUGCCCGCUUCAAAUACUCGCCUCAUUGGGUGCCAGUCCAGGUGCUCUUUGACUCGAUGCAGGUGCUUGACCCUGAGACCCAGAAGCCACGAGGCUACUUCAUCAUCACCUCUGAUCCCACCUAUCAGCCCUCCUUUUGCCACGUCAAGAACACCCUCUCCUGGGCCUCCAUCGCCGACGCCUUUAUCAAGAGUCUUCCAGAGACACUACACAGCAGCCAUCACAACAAUGUCCAAGAUGUCAUCAUCGAUAUAUUUAGACAUCUUCCAUCAGAGACAUUGUAUGUCUUGUGUGCUUAUUCACAUGAGCUACAUAAUAGACUGAAUAGGGAUGACUCAAAGAUAACUUGGAUCAACUUUUGGGAGGAGAUUGCAAAGACAAAGACACAUGCUACAUUGGAUGAACUGAUUAGGAGUGGCCGAAUCGAUUGGAGUGUCUCACAUCAACACGACUCUAGUCAACAACUGCGUGAGGUGUGCCACGAGAACCCUAUUGGACUGGCAUCGAUCCUGUUCCUCUCAUUCCCCGCACAUGUGUUUGGUGGACUGUCCAACGAACUACGUGAGGAGAUUGCCAACAUGCGCAAUCUAGACUGGAUGAAGAAGGACAUCAUCGAUGAAGUGAUGAGAAUACGUCAAGAGAUGUUCCAAGUUAGACAUAGUCCAUGUCAAUGUCCAGAGGACUCUAUGCAAUGCAAUGUGAAC